ACCUUUUUUUUUUUUUUUUUNUUUCCAAAUUAUUUAUCACUCAUUUCUCUUAUUAAUUACUUGCUACACUGAAACUUAAUUUGAUGGCUUUUCACCAAUACUUUGUUACACUACUUUUUGCUAUUGUUAUCCUCGCGGCCCGGUUAUCCAAUGCGGAUCAGUGGCCACCUGGCCCGGGUUACUACCCGAGUUCUCGGUUUAAAUCUAUGAGCUUCUAUCAAGGCUAUAGGAACUUAUGGGGUGCAAAUCAUCAAAGUGUGGAUAAUAAUGGUAUCAAUAUUUGGCUUGAUAAAGACUCAGGAAGCGGGUUCAAGUCGGUGAAGCCGUUUCGGUCCGGGUAUUUCGGUGCCUCAAUUAAGCUUCAACCCGGUUACACUGCUGGAGUUAUUACAGCUUUUUAUCUUUCAAACAACGAGGCUCAUCCAGGGUACCACGAUGAGGUGGACAUCGAAUUUCUUGGGACAACAUUUGGAAAGCCAUACACACUUCAAACAAAUGUUUAUGUACGAGGUAGUGGGGAUGGUAGGAUUAUUGGGAGAGAGAUGAAAUUUCACCUAUGGUUUGAUCCAACUCAGAAUUUUCAUCACUAUGCAAUUUUGUGGAACCCCAGAGAGAUUAUAUUCUUUGUAGAUGAUGUGCCCAUAAGAAGGUAUCCAAGAAAAAGUGUGACAACAUUUCCCUUGAGACCAAUGUGGGUUUACGGGUCGAUUUGGGACGCCUCGUCGUGGGCCACUGACGACGGUAAGUAUAAGGCCGAUUAUCGUUACCAACCGUUUGUUGGCAAAUUCACUAACUUCAAAGCAAGCGGUUGCUCGGCCUAUUCUUCUCCACGGUGUCGAGCAGUCUCUGCCUCUCCCUCACGAUCUGGCCGCCUCACGGGCCAACAAACGAGGGCUAUGCAGUGGGUGCAGAGCCACUACAUGGUCUACGAUUAUUGUCGGGACUAUAAAAGAGACCAUUCUUUAACUCCAGAAUGCUGGCGUUAAACAGAAUAAAAAUGACGAGACAACUUUUUAUUACGAAGUUUUGAAUUUUAUAAUGUGUAUUUGAAUUUCGGUUUGGGGUUAGUUUUAGAAAAAUGGUGUCGGUUUCUUGAGAUGCUUAACAUAUAUAUCCCUUAAGGGUUGUCAUAGAGCAUCCAAGCCUCCUAAAAAAAAUUGGGGACAAAAAAUUAAAGUUGGAAAAUUGUGCAUUUGAGUAUUGUGUGUGUGUUUGUUUGUCCAUGUAUAUUGCUUAAAAUACAUAGACACGUGAGGGCCAGAGAUUUUUGUAAGAGUUGAAUAAUGAGUGAAGAGUGAGCUGCCUAUUGGCAUUGUAUUUUACUCUCAAAAGAGUAUAUUCACUUUGUCAAUUCUCAAUAAAGCAAAUUAUUUUUGUUUGACAGA